AAAGUAAUCAUAGUGGGACUUGAUAAUGCUGGCAAGACUACUAUUCUUUACCAAUUCUUAAUGAAUGAAGUGGUUCAUACUUCUCCAACCAUAGGAAGCAAUGUAGAAGAAAUAGUGGUGAAAAACACUCAUUUCUUAAUGUGGGAUAUUGGAGGACAAGAAUCAUUACGAUCAUCAUGGAAUACCUAUUAUUCAAACACAGAGUUCAUCAUUCUUGUUGUUGACAGCAUUGAUAGAGAGCGACUUUCUAUUACAAAAGAAGAACUUUAUAGAAUGCUGGCUCAUGAGGAUUUACGGAAGGCUGCAGUUCUCAUUUUUGCAAACAAGCAGGACAUGAAAGGUUGCAUGACAGCUGCUGAGAUAUCUACAUACCUCACCCUUAGCUCCAUAAAGGAUCACCCGUGGCACAUUCAGUCCUGUUGUGCUUUGACAGGAGAAGGAUUAUGCCAAGGCUUGGAGUGGAUGACCUCCCGUAUUGGAGUGGUAAAGAGCUUCAGUAUCCCCAAGCCAGUGGUUCUUUCCAUCUCUUUAAACACACUACACACA